AUGACAAUCACUUUAUCCGAGGUUAAAACAAUACCUUCGUUUAAUGCAUCUUACGUGGAUGCUGAACUUGUUUAUCCUAAAUUAAUCCUUUUUCAAAACAAGAAAAAUAUUGUUGUUGUGGAUUUAGUAAAUAACAACCAAGAUGAAACUAGUGAAGAGGAAAUACAUACAUUUGAAGAAGAAAUAUCAGACAAAAAGUUAGUGCUACAUUUUCUGUGGCUUGUUUUUGAGUCUGGAAAAAUUAUGGUAAUAGAUGUUUUCAAAAAUACUCAAGUUAUUAUUGUUAACGAAAACAGCAUCAGCCUCAAGUUACGUCAAAUUGGAAUGUAUCAGAAUCGGCUUUGUUUUCUUAGUGAAAGUGGAGAUUCAUUUGAAAUUUCUUAUGAUAUAAAAAAUGUGAUUGAACAAUUAGAAAAAUGCAAUGUUGAGGUGCACCUACCUUUCAAAAAGACCACCAUACUUAGCACUAUCUUCAAAACUACGUUUUACUCUUUAAAUGGCAUGAAUUUGUACAAAGAAUCUGGAACAAUCAUGAUGGAAUGUCCCAUAACAGGUUUAUUAGAGGCAAUGUGCUCCAAAAUGGAAUUAUGUAACAUUGCAAUAUGGAGCGACCUAGUGGUAUUUGCUAAUGAUUCCAAAAUGUGGAUUGUCAAUCUACAAGAUGAUCAAAUAAUUUUUGAGUUUGAAAAUAUUGAGGGAAACUAUUACCCUGUGCAGGCAUGUGAUGAUGUUUUCUAUUAUCUUCAGUGGAACAGUGAGAAGGUUCAUGUUUGCUGUGCUAUCUUCGCUCAAUCCUCAUCAAAGAAACUUCCUGGAAAUAGUGAAGAAUAUUUACACACAACUUCAAUAGAAACUUAUAAAACUCAAUUAACUGCUCUAAUAGAGUCUAUCUCAGUGGAUACAACGCCUGCUGAUGUACUACCACAAUUGCAGUCAUUAUUUGAGCAGAUUGAUGAUUUUGCCUUUCUUGUAGAAACUUUACAAAAGUUGUGUCAGCUUCAUAUUAGUUAUAAAUCCAUUUUAUAUCUACUUCAAAAGAGAAUUUUAGCCACAAACAAUUCCAAUUUGAAUAAUAUGGUUUCUGAUUUAUCCAUAAAAAUUGAUUUGGUUGAAUACAUCCAAUUCACUGGUAACCAUAGUUAUGAGAAUAUUGAUUUAUUUGAACAAAAUCUUAUAAGUCUUUGUGUAAUAUUUUUAAAUAAGCAUGAUUUUGAUAUAGCCUCUAUUUGUUGGCUAAAAUAUUCACAACUGAAACUGACAAUCUCCUCUGAUGAAAUACUCAUAAUUCUAAAUUCAAUAAGCAAUAAUGCGAAAAUUGCUUCCAUUAUUAUUUGGUUGAAAAAUUUUAUUCCACCUUUGUUAGAAAUAAACCCAUUUUACAUUGAUACAUUUGUUCGAUGGGCGACUGUAAGGGUUUUUAUGUUAGAACAAUCAACAUAUUGGCCCAAAAUAGGUGUUAAAUUUGUUGAAGAAGUUAUUUUAAUUCUGGAAACCUCCUUUAAGUCUAUUUGGGUACGGCCCCUCUCCAUGGAUGAUCUUGACCUACUAAAAACUAGAAUUACUCAUAUCAUAGAAUUGAAAGAAAAAUAUAAAAUCAAUAUGUUAUUGAGUGAAUUAAGUUCACAAAGUCCAAAUGAAAUUGCAUUAAUAAUGAUUAGGCGUUGCUACACUGAAGACUUAUCAAUCUUUUUACAAAACUAUUUACCAUCUUAUGUUUUGCAGCACUUAUUUGACAUGGAUGAAAUUUUGUCAUCUUACAUAGAAAGUGAAGCAGUAAGUAGUGGGGGUGGUAUAGAUGGCAGUCGCCUAAAAAUCUUAUUGGAAGCAUUUCACUCAUACAAUAAUAAACUAGAAUGUUUACUUCAAGUUCUAAAAGUGUUGGAUGUGCCAUGGAACAUCUCUGUAAUUGAUCUUGCCAUUUCUACAGUUGCAAACACUACUAAAAAUUUUACUGCUUCUGAUACAGAAAGAUUACUUUCACUUGAGAUACAAAAAGAAAUAAAUUAUGCUAAUGUAAAAGUUAUAUUAAAGAAAUAUAAUUUUCCUAUGUCUUGUACAGAUUACAUGUUAGUACUUCAUAAAGUAGUAUGUGUCCCAGCAAUAGAAAUUGAUGAUUUGAAUGUAAUAACAAGUGUCAUGCCUAUGUACAAACAUUAUGGCAAUAUUUUAUAUAUUGAAAGAUGCCUUCAGGAUUGUGAGACAAGAUUAGCAUUAAAGUAUUUUAAUAAUAUACCAACAAAAGAAAAAAAGUUAUUGCUUAAAGCUGUAGUAGCGAAAUACGAUCAAAUAAUUAGUAGAGGCAAAAAUGAAUUGACUGUAGAAAAGAAUUACUUAGAUUUUAUUAAGGGAGCAAAGCUUUUGAAUGUAAUUGAAAUGAACAACCUGGAAACGUUAUAUCAUUUUAAGUAUUCUUACAGUGUAUUGUUAAACAUGAACGAUAUUUAUAACGAAGGUUCCUGUGAAAACACAGUGAGCAGUUGGAUAAAUCAAGACGGGGAAUCAGCUAGUUCGGGGCGCGGCGGAAGUGUUGCUCAACUCACACAAGCAUGUCAAUCGCAACAGUCUGUUCUUUUGGCUCUUCUGCGAAGGACUUCCACGUGUCAUCAAGUGAGAAAACUUGUUGAAUAUCUCAUAAGAUUGUUUUCUAUCAAAGAUGUCUCAGUAGACGAUUUUAUGAAAAUAUUAUCUCAAUUCCAGUAUGGAGAGAAUUCUAGCUUGUUGUUGAAGUCUUAUAACGUUUUGAUUGAUUUAGCUAUAGUUUGCAGUGAACAAUAUUUACACAAUUUGAUUAAUCAAAUUUCUUUAUUGAAUACUCUCAUUCAUACUAAUAUAGUUGUUAAGAAUUUGUCAAUAGCGUGGAAAUUUCAAUACAUAUUUUUACCAAUCUCAUCAAGCACUGCCAUGAAUGAUUUGAUCAACUUCUAUAGAACUAAACUGUAUCCUGAACAUUGUGUAACAGAUCCUCCAAAUAUUUAUAGCAAAUGUGAUUUUACUUUACUUAGACUAAUUUCUAAUACUUUAGUGGAUGAAAAAGUUAAUAAAACAGGUUACUUUGAUGAUGUGGUCGAGAUUACUAAGAGACUAUUAAGCAAAGUAGUUACAUCUCAAGAUCUUGAUGAAAUUUUAAUUACCAGCUUGUUACUUAUAAUAAGAACUUAUGAUGAAAAUAUUUCAGGGGUCAUUGAAGUGUUGAAAGGGCAAAACGAAUUCUUACCACAUCAUAUUCUGUGCUAUCUUACAUUGCCAUCUAUUCGUCGUACCUUCCUUUUCGAUCACGAUUUAUUUACUAAAGAUGUGUGUAACUCAGUAUCAUAUCCUCCUCAGCAUAUUCUUAAAUCAAAGUUUAAUAUCAAUUUAGCCGAUAUUGCUUUACCGGAAAGUAGUGAAGAAACAUGGGAUGUCAAAGUUAUACUUUUUUACGUUUUAUUACAAUACCCGGACACAAGCUUUGAAAGACUGGUUGAACUUUGUCGUGCGUUAAAUAUUUCAACAAAUGACGGUCUAUCACUUCAACUGAUAGCAUUGUUGUCGACUUGGGAAUUAAAAUACAACAUUUAUGUUGAUAAUUUAAGUCAGCGUCAAAUUCUGAUUGAAAGUAAUGAAACUCGUUUAAAUAGAUGUAUUAUUAUUUGGGAGAGUAUCGAUAACAAAGACUUGUUAAAGGAUAUAUUAAAUGAUUUUUGGAGAAAUGGUGAAAUUACAUUGCACGGUCGUGUAGUCUCUAUAAAUCCUUAUUAUUAUGAAGUAUUCUUGUGUAUAUAUCGUCUUAUUUUUGGAUAUACUUGCGAAAUGAAAAAUACUAAAGAAUAUUUUCUGCUACAUUUUCUCAAAGAGUACAAAAGAACGAGCAGUCCAAAGCAAUAUGAAUAUGAGCUAUUUUCUAUUAAGGGAAUGUUUCCAGAGAUUGGCCAUUUUAGGUUACCAUUUCAUCUGUUUAUGAGAGAAGAUAUGUGGGCUAACUUGAAAUCUGAGAUUACCCUAGAAACAUACGAACGUUGGCUACCUUCUGUUGCUUUGCUAUCUUUGGAUUCUGACAUGCAGACUGCAAGAGAUAUGAUUUGCAGUAAUGCUGUAAAACAAACGAUGACUAUGCGAAAACGAAUCGAGGAUAUGGAUUCAGACACUAAACAUGAACCGUGGGGACUUACCAGUCGAGAAGAACCCUUGCUCCGGGCAGCACAUCGAUGUGUUAAACACAUUGCUAAUAUGGAAUGGGCAGGCGCAUGUCUUUUUUACGUGCUGCAAGGAUGUGCUCGAGGAGCUGACCAAGUUGCGGCUGCUCAUCUAUGCUACCAAUUUGCCCAACGCUGGGCUUCUUUGCAACCUGGGAAUCGCGCUGUUCGUCAAAUGGAGCGUCUACAUUCAACUCUUUCAACACGUCAUGCUUUGUAUAAAAUAGACUGGGCAUGUGAAGAAUUUGUUCGACUUUCUACCGAACCAGCUCAACUUAUUCGUACAUUAUAUUUUCACUCGGAUUUUGUAUCAAAAAUGAAUCGUCAUGAUGUGAAUAGAGCUAUAAACGAAAUAGCUGAUAAGAAUGGUAUUAAUGUUAGUUCUAUCAGAAUUCAAAUAUUGGAAAAUAUUCUUGAAAAAUCUUAUGCUGAUAAUAAAGAUAUCAUUGCUUUAACUGUAAAAGAACUAAUGACUGCUAAGUAUAUACUUAAGGCAACCUGUCCUAAAAUGGGAGCUAUAUACUUAUCUCGCAUCGCCUUUGAUGAUGAAAGUGAAAAUAACAAAUAUAAAAAACUAAGAGCUCUUCAAUGUCUAAUCAGUAUAGUUGACUCUGACACUGCUAUUAAAGUUACAAGUAAGGAAAGAGAUGCUCUAUGGAUAUCACUUAUAGAAUUAUUCAGUGUUGUUAAUUUGGAAUGUGUGGAUAUGCCGUGGAUCGCGGCUACGUUUACUCAUGAUAAAAGCAGGGGUCUGGAGCAAUUAUUACAAAAUGUAGAAGGGAAUACAGCUGGUUUAAAAAUUGCUGCGCAGUUAGCGGCCAGAUUUGGUUCAACGCAGAUUAUACGAAGCCUAAUUCCAUUUUUAUUACGCGCAGGGUUAUUUGAAGAGAUUAUUCCGUUACUACUAAAGCUUUCAGGUCAAAUUGAUAGCGCUAUAUGUUCUGCAUGGCGAGCUGUUAUUCUGUCACCAUUUCAGCGUGCAGAUUAUCCUAUAACAGAACGUCAGAGAUCGAAAUGUUUAAAUACAAUUAAUUUGUUACCUGUCUGCCCCCUCAUUAAAGAUGAAGAUUUGGUUGAAAUAUGGAAAAAUUGUUUAAGAUGUAAAUGUUUUGGCUUGGGCUGCUUAGUUUUACCAUACAUGAGUUCCCAAUGUAGACAAGGAUUAACAGAACUGCAAAAAGUUGAUAGAAGAAACCUUAUUGCUAGUUUAAAAAAUUUGAAUUCAGAAACCUAUCUUGUAUCUGGUGCUAUGCAUGUAAUAGAAAGAAUGGCAUCCCGAGCAUAUCGAUAA